AUGGUUGCAAACUCCCAGUUAUAUAAUCUCCCUGUCGAGCUGCUCGACAUGGUAUUCCAAAACCUGCGAGGAUCGCAACAUUCUCUGAACAGUCUAGCGCACACCUGUCGCAAAUUCCAUGAGCUUACGAUCCCAAUACUUUAUUCCUCGAUCUUUCUGACAGAUCCAGCCAGCUGUGAGCAGCUGUAUCGGACAAUUCAGAAAUAUCCCACAUUUUGUUCCUACGUUCUCGAGUUACAAGUACACCGCCAUCAUGGCUCCGAUAACCCCUUUGCCGCAGAAGGGCAAACCAACGAAGCUCUUCUAGAUGUUCUUUGGGAACUGCCAAAUCUGGAGGCAUUGAUUCUGAAAAGCUUGCCCUUUCGCUCAGUGUUGGACGAUACGAGCCACAGACUGCUGCGUAUGUUUAUAAAAAGAAGAGGUAUUGUUGAGAUUGACUCCGACACUCAGUACGUGGGGCAAAAGUUACGCUCCUUAUAUCUCGGGUCUAACUUCAGUGACUCCAAUCAGAAUUCCUGGUUGCUUGGCCCCAACGAGGUUGUGUUUUAUAUGACCCAGCUCGAGAAGCUCUGCAUCCAAGGUGCCAGAAUCGAACGUAUGCACCACAGGAGCAUUGCUGCAGAAUGCUUUACCGACAGGACAUUUCUGAAAGAACUUGUCUUGCUCGACUGCGAUGUUUCACCAAGAACACUCUUCCAAAUUCUCAAUUUCAUUAGGCGUCUUACCCACUUUACCAUGAGAGGCCAAGCUCAUGCCCUCAGCAGCUUGGAUAUGAGUGACUAUAUUCGACAAUUCAACUACUGCGCUUCCGUGAAUAUCGAGCAUCUCGAAAUCGAUAUCGUGAAUGCAGAAAACUCCUCGGAUUUCUACUGGUUGGAGAAUCUGAAACAUCUUACCCUCUCUCCGGAGGGUCUUCAGGGCUAUCAAGCCGAUGAUUGGGCGGGAUAUGGUCGAAUUCUUCCAGACAAUUUGGAGACUCUCACGUUGAAAGAUUCCAAUCAACUGGGGUUUCCGUUGGAAAUACUACUUUCAAAGAUCGAGGGGGGAAGUCGCAAAUCCAAUGCAAAUGUUCCGACAUCCACACAUGUUUAUUCCUUUGUUGCUCUGGUCUCUUUGCACCGAUUUACCACACAGAUCCUCGCUACCAUGAACGCCCAAGCAGACCCCAACAGCAGCAUCCUCACUGGAGACAAGAAUACCAUAAUAGAAUGUUCGCUCAAAGGCUCCGCCAUCAACAACUGCUGGAUGAAGAAAUCCUCAUUACACGGCUGUGUCGUAUCCAACGUGGGUCAUAUGUCCCGGAUCACAGGCAGGGAUUCGCAGCUCUAUGACAUAGCUAUUUUCAAGGACUGCGAUAUUGAAGAAAGCACUGUUCGGAGCAUGAGCUUUUUGCAAAACUCGUCAAUCAGCAGGUCGGACAUUCGUAACAGUAGUACGAUAUCCCGAAGCCAUGCGAUCGGGACCAACGUUUCGCGGACUUACCUCUACAAAUCGCACUUGACAAAUUGUGAUGUCACCGAUUGCAAGAUCAUCGACUCCAAGUUCAAUGGCAUGAUACUGAAGAAUGGCGUUUGGAAGAUGGGGAUGCUGGUGGGGAAAUUUGGAGUCGGAGGUGGGGAGCCUGUUAUAAUGAGGAAAGAUCAGAUACAACCAGGACCUUCCACUGCUAUGUCUGGUGAAGCCCAGGUUGUGGACUGGGCCCCCACCGACGAUAUCCAGACGGCUGAUGGCCUUCCUGAUUACCUUAAUGGCCCUGCUUCGGAUCGACCCCCAGCAUACAAGCCUUAG